GUUCCCGCUUCUCUUUGCUCAUCGUGUCGAUCUCAUACUACAGUUUCCGUUCCAUCCCGUCAGUUCACACGAUCUCCGACGAAAUCUCAUAAUGGCGACGGCCAUGUUCACUGACACCGUCUGCCUGCUCAUGGAUUUCGCUACCACUUUCUUCCUCCUCUGGCAUGUAGAUCAACGGCGAAUUCUUAGCAGAGGGCUGCGACGAUCAUCGUGUGAUGAUGCAUUCAAGCAAACAUUGUUCAAAUGGAGGCAGCGUUGUAUUCUUGGUUUCCUCCUCGUUGCCCCAGUACAACUCCCAAGAGGAUUUCUCCUCCUCUUUUGGCCCAAUCCACUUGUCAUGGAUUUGAUGUCGGUUUUGUCGGGACCAAUACACUAUCUAUCAUUUUUACUAUUGGUUCUCCGCAACACUUCACGGGGCAGUCCCGACGAGGACAUAGCUCUCGGACCUAUAUUACCACAGAGUGGGAAUGUGGAUGCCCCCGUUCAAGAUUCUCCCGAUGUGGUCAAUCCAGAUGGGUCCAAUGUAUGUUUCUACUUGAUUGCCACUGGAGGGCCGACGACUGACUCGGACAUCCAGAACGAAGAAAACCUUGUAAUAGGGUCCCAAGCACCUGAGAAUCGGUUCGGUAAGCCUAGUGUCACCAAACCCCGCACUCAUGGCCUCAUCAUCCAUUCAUCCCACUGCCAGACUUCCGAACCGCCCAGUAACUCUUCAGAAGCAGGCAAGAACCCAGCGCAUGUGCAGCCAGUGAUGGCUCGAACCAGCUCCUCGAGCCCCAAUCGGCACGGAGCAGGGCAGUGGACCAAUGCAGCACAGUUCCAAGUUCGUCAAGGGGGUAUAGCACGCUGCACUCUUCCUGCAUAUUUAUACCGUGGAAGGGGUAUUAUCCAUCAAAUAUGCCCAUAAACUUCCCACUGCGCCGUUUUCGCGGCAUACAUUUGUUUACCCACUCCCAUUGUCUCGUAGUCUCACACACGAAACUAAUUUAGUCCUCAUCCCUUUGAUUCCUGUUUCGAAAUGUCUUGUUCACUGCUGAACACCCCUGAGAUCGGGUGCAGAACUUACAUGAUCGAUGAAACCCGGAACUGCCACGCACGCCUGCGCGGCGGGGAAAAUUCACCAACGAUCCGCCUCGCAAAAUGUCAUCAAGGGAUUCAGUGACUGCCAAUUGAUAGCAUAUCAGCAAGCCAGCGGUUGACACGAGGUGGAUUGAUUGCGAUCGGCGUCUCAUCCGAUCGUUGGAAGUAAAUUCAAUGCAGC